AUGUGUACACAAGUCCGGAACAAGUAUGUCUCCAAUGGUUUAUUACAGGUAUUCAGGACCAGCAAUAGCUCGAUGCUACCUGUAGGUCGGGGUUUGUGUCGAUUAGUUGCUCAUUGCUUAACUCAAUAUCAUGGAUCUGUUCAGAGUGCUGCGAUCACCAGCUGCUGCUUUACAAAUGGACAACGGAAUGUUCUGAUGAAGCAAACAUUUGGAAUUCAUACAAGCAGUAUUAGGUACAAACGUGACUAUUAUGAAAUUUUGGGCUUGAAGAAGGGAGCAUCGGCAAAGGAUAUUAAAAAGGCGUAUUAUAAGCUAGCUAAAGAGUACCAUCCGGAUGUAAAUAAAAGCAAAGAUGCCAAUGCUCGAUUUCAGGAGGUGUCUGAAGCUUAUGAGGUGCUUAGUGAUGAUCAGAAACGUGCCCAGUACGAUCAGUUUGGCGCAGAUCCAUUCCAGCAACGUCAGACUGCUGGAGCGACAAGUUACGACACGGGUGGCUGGCAGUAUCAGUCAACAAUUGAUCCAGAAGAGUUGUUUAGGAAGAUGUUUGGAGGACGUAGUCCAUUUUCCAAUUUUGCAAGUAAUUUCGGCGAUUUUGCGGAAUCAGCAGAUGGCUUUGAAUCAUCAGAGCAACAUAUUUUGAAUAUAUCAUUUGAAGAUGCAGCUCGCGGAGCUCAGAAGUCUAUGAAUAUAAAUGUUGUUGACGACUGUCCAGCAUGCUUCGGAAAAGGAGUUCAGCCGGGUUAUAAGAAGGUUUCCUGUCCGUACUGUAAUGGGACUGGUUACGUCACGCAGCAGAUGGGUGGAUUUUAUAUGCAGUCCACUUGUGGACGUUGUGGAGGAACGGGUUUUUAUAAUAAAAAUCCAUGUUUACAAUGCGAAGGACAUGGUCGAACAGUUCAGCGGCGUACUGUAACUGUUAAUAUACCAGCAGGAAUAAAUGAUGGUGAAACUGUUCGAAUGCCAGUAGGAAAAUCAACCAUUUUCAUUACGUUCAAAGUGGCUCCAUCAUCGCGCUUCCGACGUGAUAAGUACGACAUUCAUUGUGAUGUUGAAAUAUCUAUUGCACAAGCGAUUCUUGGAGGCACUGUCAAAGUGCCGGGGAUAAAAGAAGACACCUAUAUACAGAUACCACCAGGGACUGCAUCGCAUACGAAAAUGCGUUUGACAGGCAAAGGAAUAAAAAAAUUGAAUUAUGCCGGAUAUGGAGACCAGUAUAUACAUAUCAUGGUAAAAGUACCAAAGCUUUUAACUGACAAACAAAAAGCAUUGAUGCAAGCUUGGGCUGAACUGGAAACUGACACUCCAGGUACGAUACAGGGAAUAAGCAGUACUGUCGAUGAAAAUGGAAGGAAAAGAACUGGAAGUAGGGCGCCAGUAGUGGAAGAUAAUGAUGGAAUAAAAGGAAGUCAAAAUGAAGAAGAGAGGUAUAGCAAAGAGACGUUUUUAAAACGAUUGAAAACGAAAAUUUUUGGGAUAAAAUGA